UUGCACGACGAGUGUGUGUGUGUGUGUGUGUAUCAGGGUAUGUGAUGGAGUGAUGCCGCGUCAAGGCACGCUUUCAUCUUGCUCGGUUUGGGAAACGCAAGCACCAACAGCAGUGCACCUAACGCUACAAUAGACCCGUGCUUGGGUGUUUUUUUUUUACUGAACAUCAGGGCGGCUUUUGUGGCUUUUGUUUUUUUCUGUGAUUGUGCCAAAAAAAAAAAACAAGUGAUGGUGACAAGUGAACUGACUGGCGUGCUCAGGGUGCUCACGCGCUGCGGUGCAAAAGAAAGGUUGCUCUCUGUUGCGCGCACUCGCGCGUGAGACGCAGCAAAUUUUCAGUGCAAUAGUAGUAGUAGGCUAGUUGUUGGCGUGUGUUUGUGUGUGUAUGCGUGUGGCCCGGGAGAGUUCUGCGAGUGUUUCGAGUGAUGAGUGGUCGUCUUCUUCUUUUUUUUUCCACCCCCUUCCCCUUGCUCUAUUGCUCUCGCUCUCUCUCUCUCUCCAUCUCGCUCCUGCGCGCGCUCUUGCGCUCUUGCGCGCGCUCUCUCUCUCUUUCUCCUGGUGUGUGUUUUUUUCAGUCAGAAGUGUUGCUUGUUGAGUAACCGACUUGGAGCCGCCGGUGCUGCUGCUGCGCGCGCGCGUGGACCCGAAUCGGUCUGAGGAGGAGGAAUUAGCCCGCGUUCCCGCUGCCAAACGCAAAAAGUACGCCACUAAUGUUUCCCGCCGCUCGCUUGUGGACCGUAGACUUUUUCCGCGGACAUGGAGCGCUUUCUUUAGUUGGAUACCGACCCGUCGGCGCGGCGAGGCGGCUUGCUUUUGGCCGGUGAAGAGGAUUUUUCUUGCCGCUCUCCACUUCAGCCUGACGCGCGGGCACUUCAUCUCUCCUCAAGCAGUGAUGCUGCUACGUGACUGGAAUUGAGAGGAAUUGCUCAUAUUCACCAACAUAAAAAAUAUAUACACGAAAUUACAGACCUUACAAGAAGCGAUCCCCACCCACUCUGAGCAUGGACUUGGCGAGCGAGGCCCAUGUUCUGGUGCUUAUCCUCACCUGCCUGGUGUCACUGUGCUGGGCCCAGGAGAAGGACUACACGGUAAAGGAGGAACAGCCAGAGAAUGUGCGCAUUGGAAAUCUGCGCACAGACCUGGACCUCAACCUGGACCCCAACAUUAAGCUGUCCUCAGCCCUGCAGUUCAAACCGGUCUAUAAGACAGGCGAUGUGCCUUUGGUGAGGGUGGAGGCCAGCACGGGGGAAAUCUUCACCACCGCUAAUCGAAUCGACCGGGAGAGGCUCUGUUCUGGAGUCUUCAACGAGAAGCGCUGCUUCUAUGAGAUCGAGGUGGCCGUGCUGCCGGACGAGAUUUUUCGGCUGGUCAAGAUCCGCUUUCUCAUCGAAGACAUCAAUGACAAUGCCCCGCUGUUCCAGUCCACCGUCAUUAACAUAUCAAUCCCUGAGAAUACAGCGAUCAACAACCGCUAUCCGGUCCCCUCUGCCUUCGACCCCGACGUGGGGAUCAACGGGAUCCAGCACUAUGAACUCGUCAAGAGUGUAAGUGAGUUUGGCUUGGACAUCAUCGAAACUCCAGAAGGAGACAAAUGGCCACAACUCAUAGUUCAGCAGAACCUGGACCGAGAAACCAAGGACACCUUUGUGAUGAAAAUUAAAGUUGAAGACGGUGGCAACCCUCCAAAGUCAAGCACAGCCAUUCUCCAGGUCACCGUCUCGGAUGUGAAUGACAAUCGGCCCGUGUUCAAGGACAGCGAGGUGGAGGUGAACGUGCCUGAGAACGCCCCGAUGGGAACAUCAGUCACGCAGCUUCACGCCACAGAUGCUGAUCUAGGCUCCAAUGCCCAGAUCCACUUUUCCUUCAGCAACCAAAUCUCUCCAGCUACAAAAAGGCACUUUGCUAUCGACAGCUCCACUGGAUUGAUUACCGUCAAGCAGCCACUGGACAGAGAAUCCAACCCGGUCCACAAGCUCAUUGUCCUCGCCAGCGAUGGCAGUGCCACCCCUUCAAGAGCUACUGUGAUAGUCAAUGUAACGGAUGUUAACGACAACGUCCCGUCCAUAGACACUCGGUAUAUAAUGAACCCUGUUAAUGGCACUGUAUUGUUGUCUGAAAAUGCUCCUCUAAACACAAAAAUAGCUCUAAUUACUGUGACUGACAGAGAUGCUGACCUUAAUGGUAAAGUGACAUGUUACACAGAUCAUGACGUACCCUUUCGGUUGAAGCCCGUUUUUAACGACCAGUUCUUGCUGGAAACCGCGGCCCCCUUAGAUUAUGAGACUACUCGAGAGUAUGCAAUUAAGAUAGUUGCUUCGGAUUCAGGGAAACCUCCUUUGAACACUUCCGCAAUGGUCCUCAUUAAAAUCAAGGAUGAGAAUGAUAAUGCCCCAGUUUUUCCUCAGCCAGAGAUUCAGCUGUCCAUCCCAGAGAACAAUGACCCCGGCACACAGCUGAUAAAGAUCACCGCCACAGAUGCAGACAGUGGUUCUAAUGCCCUUAUUAUUUAUUCCCUUGGCCCAGAUGCACCUGAUGGCUUUAACAUUGACCCGCGCUCUGGUAUUCUGUCUGUUAGUAAGAGGCUGGAUAGAGAGAAACAGGAAAAGUAUUCUUUCACAGUCAUUGCCAGGGAUAAUGGUUCUAACCCUCUGCAGAGCAAUGUCACUGUGAAGCUAAUUGUCCAAGACCAAAACGACAACAGUCCAGCUUUCACACAUGCCGAAUACAAUUUCUACGUGCCUGAAAACUUGCCUUUGUACGGCACGGUUGGCUUGAUCACAGUUACAGACGCAGAUGCUGGCGAUAAUGCGAUAGUCACUCUCUCGAUCAUAAACGGGAAGGACAAUUUUAUUAUCGACCCCAAAACUGGUGUAAUCAAGCCAAAUAUAACGUUUGACAGGGAGCAGCAGAGCUCCUAUACAUUUGUGGUGAAGGCUGUGGAUAGCGGACUGAUUCAGACAACUUCCUACGCCAAGGUCACUAUAAAUGUGGUUGAUGUCAAUGACAAUCGGCCUGUGUUUGUCAUUCCCUCAUCCAAUUACUCCUAUGACCUGGUCCCUUUCACGACGAACCCUGGCUCAGUGGUGACCAGAGUGUUUGCCAUUGACAACGACACUGGCAUGAAUGCAGAGCUGCAGUACAGCAUCAUUGGCGGGUCACCAAGAGGACUGUUUGCUAUUGACAAAACCACAGGGAACAUUACACUGCAGGAGAAGAUUGCUAAUGCUGACCAGGGCCUGCACAGGUUGGUGGUGAAGGUCAAAGAUCUUGGCCAGCCAGAAUCCUUGCACUCGAUUGCGCUCGUUCAUUUGUUUGUGAAUGACACGGUCUCCAAUGCCACGUUCCUUCAGGAGCAAGUCCGCAAAAGCAUGGAGACUCCUUUGGACAAAAAUGUUGGGGACAGUGAUAUACUGCCUCAGACCAACGGCUAUGUAAUCGUUGUCAUAGCCAUAAUUGCUGGGACUAUGACCGUCAUACUAGUUAUUUUCGUGACUGCCCUGGUACGCUGUCGACAAACACCGAGACACAAAGUUGUUCAGAAGGGCAAGCAGAGCGGCGAGUGGGUGUCGCCCAAUCAGGAGGGCCGUCAGAUCAAAAAGAAGAAGAAGAAAAAGAAGAGGUCCCCCAAGAGCUUGCUUCUGAACUUUGUGACCAUCGAAGAAUCCAAGUCUGAAGACCCUACCCACGAGCACAUCAACGGAACCCUGGACCUCCCGGUCGAGCUCGAGGAGCAGACAAUGGGGAAGUACAACUGGGCCACCACACCGACUACCUUUAAACCCGACAGCCCCGAUUUAGCCAAGCAUUACAAGUCGGCCUCUCCCCAGCCUACGUUUCAGAUCAAACCUGAGACCCCCGUGGCUCCCAAGAAGCACCAUGUGAUUCAGGAGCUCCCCUUGGACAACACCUUCGUAGUCGGCUGCGACACGCUCUCCAAGUGCUCCUCCAGCAGCUCCGACCCCUACAGCGUCUCAGAGUGCAGCUGUCAAGGGACCUUCAAGUCACCUGGGCAAAUUCACACCCGACAGGAGACGGCACUGAAACCACCACUCUAUGGCACACUCUGUGGCACAGGUACAGCCCGCUCCCACAGGAUAAAAAUCAAUCUCUAGCUGCCAUAUCCUAAAGAGAGAGAGGGAGGGAGAGGAAGGCACUGACUGAAGAGGGGAAAAAAACGCAUACUGUACAGGUUUCUGCAGCCUCAAACAAGACCUAGCGAGGAGCGCCAGACUAUUUUAACCGAAAACAACACAUCUUGUUGCCUGCUUGAAGCUCAUCCAAAAAACUCUGCUAGUGAUUUUUUUUUUUUUUUUUUUUUUGGUUGUUUUUUUUUUUUUUGGAUGAUUUGAAAUGUUUUGUUUAAAUCCCUUUGUCCUCACUUUAUUGGUCUCCCUGAAGUAAGACUUUGAGACGACUCAGUUCUUUUUUCUUUUUGGAUUAGUUCUCCUCCGCGCCCUGCUCACCCACAUGGCUAAAUGAACAACAGGUGGAAAAUGAUGUACAGGAUGUUUAUAUUGAUAUAUGUGUUUAUGUAUAUUCUGCAGCACAGUCCUUAUUGUCUGUGUGUCUUAUCUAUUUAUUUAUUUACUUCAUUCAUUUGUUUAUCUGCCUUGAUCGAUUGGACAUUGUCUAGCCAAACACUGAAACACACUUUCAUCCUUUCUUUUUCUUAUUCUUGUUUUUUUUCUUCUUUUUUUCUUCACCUGCUUUUUCAUUCCUCACUCAAUCUACCCAUUUUUGGGUCUUUCUCAUGAACUGACAGAAUGACUGAAACAUUCUUGAUGCUGCAGCCCAUGUUCCACAUGGCCUUGGUGACUGUUCUGGCCGUGUCACACUGUACCUCCUUCUCAACGAUUGCCUCCGUUCUCUUCGCCUAGUGACACUGUCAAACGCAAAAGUAUAAAUAGUGUGGCUAAAAACAUUUUAAUGCAUGACCCCUCCACAGGAGGUAUCACUGCAUCACAAUCAGUAUUCUGUGUCACUGAAUGCCUCAAUAUGUCAUUUGGAACUCAGAGAGGAAAGAGUUUAGAAAAAAAAUAUAUAGAAAAUAGAAAAAAAAAAGAAGUGAAGUAAAAAUGACACUCUGAUGCUCUGAGCUAAUCCACAAUCACUGAGAGAGCAUAGAACAUGUGGUUCUUAUUCAAAUAAUCAAAAAGCUCUUUCUUUUUUUUUUUUUUUUUUAAGACAGUAGCGGAGAACACAGAGUAUGACCUUUAUAUGUUGUCUGUCAUAGUCGGCUUUUGAAAUUUCCGAGUCAGUAUAACCUGAGAUGUAUUUAUUUGAUGCCAUAUAGAAAACCUCAGGCUGUUAUAAGUCUUGGUAGACUUUAGGUGAAGUACCUAGAUGUGUACACGUUCUGAAACAGACAUCGCUAUUUAUUCCACAUGAGAAUUAUAAAAGAGGACAUCGCAGUUCCUUUUUGAAGGACAGGAUGGAAUGGACUAUUCAGGCUUUACAUAUAUAUAUAUAUAUAUAUAUAUAUAUAUAUAUAUAUAUUAAAAAAAAGCAAUACGGCAAAGGCGAGAGAAUUCUCCUAAGAGGAUCGUUUGGUUCGAAAUUCUCUUUUGUAUCACUUAACGUCUGACAUCUCUGUAAUAGAAUAAUACGACUUUUUAAUACGACACACGAUUAUACGAGUCGUUUCGAUGGAUCGAAUCACCUUUAAGCAGUAGUAGAUCAUGAUUUCCUGAGGCCUGUGGGCUGCUUUGAUGUUGGUAGAAAAGCUUUUGGGCACAAAGUAUUGACCUCUCACUUCUGCAAAGGUGUUGGAAGUCUUAAUUAAAGAUGCUGAAAAACUACAGAAAACAACGGUAAACUAUGACGCUACGACGUAGAAAAACAAACACAGUACGCCUCAUAACUAGAACUGUAGCACUGUGUAACGAUUUAGAUUUACCUGAUGUUUGAGGAGAUAAAAAAAGAAAGAAACAAAACAAAAAAACGACAAAAAAAAGAAACUAAAAAAAAAAAAGAAAAAAAAAAACGUUCUACAUAAGAGCUAUGAUUUGUGUGAAGGAGAUGAACACCAUCACUUGCGUCAAACGUGAAGUACAAUAUGCACCUUACAUUAUCUUUGUAUUCUAAUUUGCCAAUGUGUGAACUGUAUAUAAAUGUUUUGUUAAUGUAUGUUUGAGCUUCUGAACUUUAUUAAAGUCUUUUGCAUUGUA